AAUGAACACGCCAUUAACACCUGUAACGCCGCCUUGAUGGCGUGGCAUCAGGGGUAAAGCAUAGGGCAAAGGUUGCCUCCAGAUGUGCGGGUGGUGUUCGGACAAAUGCUGUGGUUUAAGCAGAAUCUGUUUAAGCUGAGGCUGUUUAAGCUGAAACUAAAGGAAAUUCUACGUGGAAUGAUUGAAUUCAGUUGAAGUUUGUUUUACAAGCUACUCAACGUUCUUCUUCCUCCAUCUUCAUGCAUGCACCAGCCAUCAAUCAGCGACAUUUUCUUGUGAUAGUAAUUAGCUACUGCUCUAACGAAGAAACGAGACUCCAGUCGUGGAUUUCUCCAUCAAACUGGCUCAUUUAAGCCAUUAUCAUUGAAUCAAAACUUUUUGCCACCUGAAGUGAUUACGAAGGCGAUGGCGUGCCCUCUGCCAUGGAGCUGUCAUCCAAGAAGAUGUAUUUUUACAUCAUGACAGGCUUGUUAUGCCUUGUAGUCGACGCAGCCAGAGAGAGCCUGUUGAUUGGCAGAAUUUGAAUCAGGUGUCGAUGACAGCUAUGUGCUCGAGCGAUAUGUUCUAUAAGCCUAUAUGCAAUUUAGCGCGAAAGAUCGACUGUACGUAGUUAGAUGUGGUCUUUCGUUUCGAACGAUUAAGAAUCCAGGAAGGUCUUCAUUGUAUUGACCGCCUUCGCAUUCAACACUCUGACCUCAAAAGAUGCUUUUAAAGAAGCCUAGGGAGAUUUAUUGGAAAACCUUGAACAAUGCAGAAUUUUGCAGAUAGUUUCUAUAGAACAGUAAGGUCUUUUUGCUGCUUACUUCAGUUGAUCGCGGCAAAUCGCUCAAGAAACUUGCUAUGACAUGUCACUGGCUGAAUCUGAGAACGUGGAAGUUGAAGGCAAUCCUUCGCGCACCUUGCAGGUUUAGAAUUUAAGACCUUCCGCUGCUCAACACGGAAGGAACGAAACCAAGAACUAUUUACUGAAUGCUUCUUUGUGCAUAUUUCUCUGACCUUUAGAUAUGGUAUACCAUCGUAAUUAGAGUCUCGAAAGCGAGCUCGUAACCAUAUCAAUAUUCAAUUGGAGAUUCACUUUCUGCAGGAAUUUUAUCCUCCGGGAAGCACACAGCGCAAGAAUACUUCCUGCUUCUUUGGCUUCUUUAUUUCUUUAAUUUGCCUAAGUGGGCUGCAGGUCGCAAUGUUUAUAAUUCGCGACGGUUUGGUGGACAGGCAUGCCAGACAAUUGAGCACCGAAAACAACACCAACAAUGGCAACAGUGCUCAACGUAAAAAGAAGGUCCCGUGUAAGGCAUGCUGUAAUUUGGGAUGUUGCCUUUGUUUGGCCAUGACAAACCUGAUUGCUGGUACUGUUAUACUUGCCAUUGGCCUGACUGCCUCCAAUGGUGCCGACUGGAUUCCAGAUAAAGCAGCUGUUAUUGCCGGCGGUGUGAUUCUUGGUGUUGGAGUCAGCCUAAUCCUGAUGGUCGUUAUUGGCUAUACCAUUAAGAUGCUCAAGAUUAGGCAGGAAAGAAAGCUCCGCAAGGUGACCAUGAGCACCUGUAGCCACCGGCUCAUCAUGUCCUUACAUAAUUACGAGAGAGAGGCGUUGCAGGGUUUGGUGGAGCGAAAACAAGAAAAUUCCAAAAGUGGUCAACAAGGGAUCAACAGGAAAAGUAGUGGGAAUUCCCUGCAGAAAGUUGCGCGCCAAAAUAGCACUCACAUGAUCGACGCGCCUGUGAUAAAGUCAAACUAUAACACCAGUAAUUCUCGACCAGGGACAGUGCGACAAAAUAGUAACACCAGCUUACGCGAGCUUCGACAGAACAGUCGUCAAGGAAGCCGUGGUCACGUGUUGAGGGGAACAGAUAUCCACGUGGAAAUUACAUGAUCAU